AUGUCUCUUUCUGUCGCCGAAAAGUCGUACCUCUACGAUUCAUUAGCAAGCACGCCUUCAAUUAGACCCGAUGGAAGGCUACCUCAUCAAUUCAGACCUAUAGAAAUUUUUACCGACUUUCUCCCAAGUUCCAACGGAUCCUCCAGGAUUAUAGCUAGCGAUGGAAGUGAAUGUAUUGUGAGCAUCAAGUCCAAAGUUGUAGACCACUUCGUAGAGAAUGAACUACUUCAGGUCGAUGUAGAUAUUGCAGGCCAAAGAGACGAUGCGCUCGUGGUGGAGACAAUCACUUCUUUACUGAAUAAGGUUUUGAAGUCUGGCAGUGGAAUAGAUUCCUCUAAGUUGCAAUUGACGAAAAAGUACAGUUUCAAAAUAUUCGUUGAUGUCCUUGUUAUCUCAUCACAUUCACACCCAGUUUCUUUAAUAUCCUUUGCUAUCUAUUCGGCUUUGAACUCCACAUUCCUACCGAAACUUAUUUCCGCUUUUGAUGAUUUAGAGGUGGAGGAGCUGCCCACUUUUCAUGACUAUGACAUGGUCAAGCUUGAUAUUAAUCCGCCUUUAGUGUUCAUAUUGGCCAUUGUAGGCAACAAUUUGCUAUUGGACCCUGCAGCCAACGAAAGCGAAGUGGCCAAUAGUGGCCUAAUCAUAUCCUGGUCUAAUGGUAAGAUCACAACACCCAUUAGAUCUGUAGCACUGAAUGAUUCGAACGUUAAAGGCUUUAAACCGCAUUUGUUGAAGCAAGGUCUUGCAAUGGUAGAGAAAUACGCCCCCGAUGUAGUACGAUCACUGGAGAAUCUAUAA